AUGAGCGGCAAAUUGUCCGGCGACGACUACGCCGUCGGCGAUCUGCACGAUGACCGGGCGCUGCUUCGGAAAGUCGAUUGGCGAAUCCUGCCUGUCAUGUUUCUCACGUACUUUCUGCAAUUUGUGGACAAGAUUUCACUGAAUUAUGCGAAUGUCAUGGGUCUUCAAACUGAUCUGCAUAUGAGUGGGAAUGACUUUUCAUGGUUGGCAACGGCGUUCUUCCUGGCGUAUGCCGUGGCCGAAAUCCCCCAGGGUAUUCUUCUACAGAAAUUCCCCAUCACCAAGGUCCUUGGGGUCAAUGUACUCCUCUGGGGCGUAAUUCUGUGUUGCUCGGCAGCUGCACAGAAUUUCGCCGGCAUGAUAGCUUUACGUGUAUUGCUCGGAAUGCUGGAGGCAGUCAUUGCACCCGCCCUCACGAUGUACACGAGCAUGUGGUACACUCGCGCCGAGUCCACACCGAGAUAUGGGUUCUGGUACUGCGGCUUAGGCAUGGGCCAGAUCGUCGGAGGGUUGAUUUCGUUCGCUGCUCAGCACGCACCUGCGAAUAUGUCCUUCCAUGGAUGGCGUAUCAUGUUCGUCGUGAUAGGCGUGGUUAAUGUAGUUGCUUCUCUCUUGGUCUUGUUUGUUCUCCCAGAAAACGUCGAGAAAGCCAAGUUCCUCAGUCCCACUGAGCGCGACCGAAUUGCACAACGUCUUCGAGACGACCAAGCUGGAGUCGGCCAGAAAGUCUUUCGCUGGGGCUCGGUGAUUGAAGCAUUUGGUGAUUUGCAAAGCUGGCUUCUCGUCCUACUGACCAUUUUGAUCACCAUCCCCAGCGGUGUUAUUACCACUUUCUCGUCCAUUCUUAUCAAAGACUUCGGAUAUACGUCGAAGCAGAGUGCGUUGCUCAAUAUGCCCUCGGGCGUAGUCAGCAUUGUGGCAACAAUCCUGUCUACAUGGGCCAUCGCUCGUGGCUUCUCGCGAUGGCUGGCUAUUGAUGUAUUGUUAAUCCCGACGUUGCUGGGUUCGUGUUUAAUGUCGUUUCUGCCGAGGGAUAACCAGGCAGGAUGCUUGGUGGGCAUUUACAUGGUCAAUACGACUGUGGCUCCAUUGGCACUGAUUUUCGCCUGGACUGGAGCGAACUUCAAAGGGUAUACGAUGAAGGUGUCCGGCAGCUCUCUUGUCUCCGCUGCAUUCAGCAUUGCGAAUGUUAUUGGUCCCCAAACCUUCCAGGCGAAGGAUGCUCCUGCGUAUAUACCGGCCAAAAUCACGAUUGUAGCGGUCAACGCCGGCGCGAUAGUCGUAUCCACUGCCCUCCGCAUUGUGUAUGGGCGACGAAAUGCGAGAGCCGAUCGCCUGGGAACGCCGGCGAGAAGCCGCAUGGAGGGGAAAUUGGCGAACGGAAGGACGGCCGAAGAAGACGUCCAUGACGACGUGAACUUUCGCAAACCAAACAUGUCGAAAAUCCUAGUCACAGGCGCCAAUGGCUUCAUUGCCGCGCACUGCAUCUCGCUCCUUCUUUCCACAAACCACCACGUCCGCGGCACAGUCCGCUCCGAACAAAAGGCGACCGCGACGCAAGCAGCCCUGGCUGCAGCAGGCGUGGAUACCACGAACCUCGAAUUGGUAGUUAUCCCCGACCCGACCGAUGUAUCCCAAUUUGCGCCCGCUGUGGCCGGCUGCAAGGGCAUCUUGCAUCUGGCGAGCGCGUUCACCUACGAUGCCGCGCCCGGGGAAUUCGAGGAGAAGCUCCUUAUUCCCGCCCUCAAGGGAACCGUCGCCGUAUGCGAAGCGGCUUCAAAGUAUCCCGAAGUCAGAAAGGUAGUGAUUAUGUCGAGCUUUGCGGCGGUUUAUGAUGCCUCGUUGGGGCUGCAGCCCGGGAAAGUGUAUACAGAGAAGGAUUGGUGUCCGUUGACCUAUGAAGAGGGAAAGAAUGCGAGUCUCGUUCCAAUUGCCUACCGAGCAUCUAAAGUGAUUGCCGAGAGGGCAGCGUGGGAUUACGUUCGCGACCACGAAGUCAGCUAUCAGCUAGUUACCUUGUGCCCCGGAAUGGUCUUCGGCAAGAUGAUCCAUCCGAUUGAGUCGUUAUCGCAAUUGAAUGCCAGCAACCAGAUCGUGUGGGAUGUGUUGAAGGGCAAUGGAAUCCCGCCUACGAAGGCUCCUGUUUGGAUUGACGUUGAAGACCUUGCCCGGACUAGUCUCCAGGCGCUCACCGUGGAUCUACCGUCUCACCAGCGCUUCUUGGUGACGGAAGGAUCGUACGACACGCAGGAGAUCGCCGAUAUAGUCAGAAAAGCGCUGCCGGAGAGUCAGGAUAGGAUCGCAGAGGGGGAGCCUGGGAAACGGAUUAGGGAUACGCAUUACUCGUGUGAUUCAGGAAAGGCGCAACUGAUGUUGGAUGUGAGGUUUAAGCCGUUGAAGGACAGCUUGGUGGCAUUAGCGAAACAACUGUAUGCGUUGGAGCAGGCCUCUUAGGCUAGGGCGUGGGAUAUGCGCAUUGGAAGAGAAAAUACAAACAGAAGAAAUCAUCUUAGCAUUCAUGCAUAAUUCACAAUGUCUUCA